UAUCCCUGCACUCCUUGAUCAAGAGCCCCUCCCCAGCUUUCCAUACUGGAAGCUUCUCUAAGGUCUCCCCACAGCCUUCUCCAGGUUGAACAACCUCAACUCUCCCAGCCUGUCCUUGGACAGGAGGUUCUCCAGCCCUUGCAUCAUCUCCGUGGCCUCCUCUGGCCUCGCUCCAACAGAGUCAUGUCCUUCCUGUGCUGAGGACUCCAGAACUGGACGCGGGGCUCCAGGACAGCAGCGAUGAAGCACUGCUUUUACAAUGAGACCGUGGGGUUCUUCUACAACAACAGCCGCAAAGAGCUGACCACGUACUGGAGGACAAAGGAUGUCUUGGUGGUUGCCUUGGGCUUGACGGUGAGCGUCAUUGUGCUCCUGACCAACUUGCUGGUCAUCACCGCUAUCAUCAUCAACCGGCGUUUCCACUACCCCAUCUACUACCUGCUGGGGAACUUGGCAGCUGCCGACCUCUUUGCUGGCAUCGCAUAUAUGUUCCUCAUGUUCCACACGGGGCCAAGGACAGCAGAGCUCUCCCUGAAGACCUGGUUCAUCCGUCAGAGCCUGCUGGACACCAGUUUGACAGCCUCUGUGGUCAACCUGCUGGCCAUUGCUGUAGAGAGGCACCAGACAGUGUUCACUAUGCAGUUACACAGCAAGAUGUCCAACCAGCGUGUGAUGAUCCUCAUCUUCUGUAUUUGGGUCACGGCGCUGCUCCUGGGGCUCAUCCCAUCCUAUGGUUGGCACUGUCUCUGUGCCCUGGAGAAGUGUUCCAGCAUGGCACCGCUCUACAGCAGGAGCUACCUGACCUUCUGGGCCAUCUCCAACCUGGUCAUCUUCCUGAUCAUGGUGGUUGUGUACACACACAUCUUUAUCUACGUCAAAAGGAAGAUGACACGGAUGUCCAAGCACACUAGCUUCCACCCUCGCUACAGGGAGACCAUGAUCAGCCUGGUCAAGACAGUCACCAUUAUCCUAAGUGCUUUUGUCAUCUGCUGGACUCCGGGUCAAGUUGUGCUCCUCCUGGAUGGCUUGGGCUGCAAGAGCUGCAACGUUCUGGCAGUGGAAAAAUACGUCCUUUUGCUGGCCGAGAUCAAUUCGUUGAUCAACGCUAUUGUCUACUCUUACAGGGACAAUGAGAUGCGCAACACCUUCCGGAGGAUUCUCUGCUUUGUCUGUUAUAGGAAUUCCAAAUACACCCCGACGGUGGUGAAGUUGAACACCACCGACCGCAGAACGCUGUCUCAGAACGGGCAUUUCACGGUGGAUUCCUCAAUUUGAGCUCUCGCUUGGCGAGAGGAGCUUGGGGUUGAUCCGAGCAGAAAGGCAGAGGCUAAGAGUGACCUCCUAAAGCAGCACAGACUCCCGUUAUGAGCUCAACCACGAAUAUUUCCAUACAAUCCUUGUCACCGAUGACGGACAAGAUGCUUUUAAGGAUGGUGCAGUUACUUGGGACAACCAUACUUUGAGUCGUAGUCUCAUUAAAGACUCCUGUUUCCAAUGCAAAGUCGAUUUCAUUUAGCACCUAGAAGUUUGCGAUGCGUGAUGGGAAUCUGGUGCGAUCUCUCGAUGAGCAAAGUGUUUUCCUGGUCCUUCAGUAUUAAUGCCUUCAGGAAUAGUUGUUCCCAGGGUAGCACACUUCAAAGAGCCCGAGCUCCGCAGCUUUACGUGGUCGCUUCCUAACCAGAGCUGUGGUGUCCCCCCAGGGAGUCUUAUUCAGGUUGUGUUCCACCUGCCCCAGAAGUCAUAAAGGCUCUUUUCCAGGAGGAAUCUGAAUUGCUUCCUGAGAAGCCGAUUCCAGCUUUCCUAAGCGGCUGUUCAAAGUGCUCCGAGCUUUUGGAGGAUGUUGUAGAGCACAGGAUUCUUUCCGGCCGUGGAGAGCGGUGCUGUGACUGCCGUGGUGUUUGCGUUCCGCUAAGCGAUACCAUGUGGGCUUUGCAAGUUCCGUGCUUAUUCAUACAUGUGGAAUGAGUCAUGUUCCCAUUAAACCAUCGCUCUCCUCCCUUUGGGAUAGGUUUAGGGUGGAUUCCAAGGCGAAGCACUAUUUUGCCUUAGGUUUUAAUGUGCAGUUUGUACCUUAAGACGUGAUUUCGAGUAUCAAGUCUCUUCAAAUGUCGUCUUUUGCGCUGCACGGUGUGAUAAAUUAGCAAUAUUAAUUAAUAUUCACGCAUGAAGGGGGUAGUUUUCUGAUGAAGUCCCAUUUGCUGCAUGGGAUGUGCAGUGUAAAUGGCCCUCGUGAUGGGUGAGGCCACGACUGGGGGAUGGAUGCUCUGCAGGUGGAAGAAUUCAACUGUAAGUCCUCCUCCUUCACCUUCAGGGUGUUCUGUUUUCACAGCAAACGUGGCUAUGUUGAUCCAAAAUCCAAAGUUUAGUGGCUCUCUCUUGCAGAGAGAGGCUGCCAGAAGGCAGGGUCUGAUUUAUCAUCUAAAUUUAUAGUUUUAGGGGGUUUAUAAAUAAACCAGCCCUGUUCUGACCAUGAUCAGCUCCUGCGUGGUCACCACCUGAGAAGACAACUACCUGGAGGCUUUGUUACUCAAAUGCGUGCAUGGACUUGGUCUUGAAAAACAUGGUCGGGUUAAGGUAAGAAUCUCCUGGAUUGACUAAACGAGGCUUGGAAUGAGGGUCCCAUCUCCGGCUCCCGGCGACUUGUUGAAUAA